UCAUCUACCUCCUUAGUAUACAUAGCCAUCCCAAAGAUCAUUAGUCCUCCAUUAAGUUCUCUCAAAACCCAUUACCAAAACUUCCUCUUUUUUUUUUCUUUUAAAUCUUUACAAUCAUAGAUACAAUUCAAAAUACAUAUAAUUAACAGCAUCAUCAACAAUGAUGGUGUUCUCAGAACCAGCAAUCGAACAGUUCUCAAGUUUCAUAAACUGCAGACCCACCACAUUGUUCCCUCAGAUUCCCAUCGUGGACUUGUCCAAACCUGAAUCCAAGCACCUCAUCAUUAAAGCCUGUGAGGAAUUUGGGUUUUUCAAGGUUAUCAACCAUGGAGUCCCGGUGGAGUUCAUUUCCAAGUUGGAAUCUGAAGCUGCCAGAUUCUUCUCCCUCCCACUUCCUGAAAAAGAGAAAGCAGGGCCUCCUAAGCCUUUUGGUUAUGGCAACAAAAGCAUUGGACAGAGUGGAGACGUUGGGUGGGUCGAAUAUCUCCUCCUCAAAACCAAUCAAGAAUCAGAUUCUCAAACCUUUGGGUCUGCUUUGAAUGAUUAUAUGUCUGCAGUGAAGAAAAUGGCAUGUGAGGUCCUUGAAAUAAUGGCUGAUGGAUUGAAGGUUCAACCAAGGAAUGUGUUGAGUAAGUUGUUGAUGGAUGAACAGAGUGACUCUGUUUUCAGGCUCAACCAUUACCCUCCUUGCCCUCAAGUUCAGCCUCUGAAUGGAAGCGAUGUGAUUGGGUUUGGUGAGCACACAGACCCACAAAUCAUUUCUGUGUUGAGAUCCAACAACACUUCUGGCCUCCAAAUCUCCCUUAGAGAUGGCAGCUGGGUAUCAGUUCCUCCUGACCAAAACUCUUUCUUCAUCAAUGUUGGUGACUCCUUACAGGUAAUGACUAAUGGAAGGUUCAAAAGUGUCAAGCAUAGGGUAUUGACCAACAGCUCCAAAUCCAGGCUUUCAAUGAUCUAUUUCUGUGGUCCUCCUUUGAGUGAGAAAAUAGCUCCAUUGCCUUCCCUCAUGAGAGGAGAAGAAAGCUUGUACAAGGAAUUUACAUGGUUUGAGUACAAAAAAUCUGCAUUCAAUUCAAAAUUGGCAGACAACAGGCUGAUGCAUUUUCAGAGAAUAGAAGCUUUAUGAUGAUGAUUUUGGGGGUGUAUAAAGGACUUUAAUCCUGAAAUACUAUUAAAAAGUAGGAAUAAUUUUUCCCACUGAUGGAAAAUUAUAAAAAAUACUGUUUGAGGUUUUCUCUUCUUUGACUUUCUGUUUUUCUUCUCCUCCAUUCCUUGUACCUACCACCAUCUCGAUGUCUUUGUUAAUUAUACAAGAAGAAAGUUGGCAUGAGCGGACAUGAACAUUCAUGUCUGCAUGAGUCAGCUUUUUGUAAGUCCAAACAGCUUUUUCCAUGUUUAUCUUCUUGGUCUACUAAACUCUCCCAUCUGUA